GCUAACCGCGGGCUUCAAUGUACAUACAGAGGAUCUGCCUGAAGUAAAGUUACUAACCCAUUUCAAUCUAUUGCAUAUGAUAAAAAUGUCAAUUUGUUGUAUUUGAGAAACUGCAAUCAACAUGAACCUUGACAGGCUUCGUAAAAGAGUGAGACACUACAUUGAUCAGCAACAAUAUCAAAGUGCACUGUUCUGGGCUGACAAAGUAUCAUCUUUGUCACAUGAGGAUCCUCAAGAUAUAUAUUGGUUAGCGCAGUGCCUUUAUUUGACAGCACAGUAUCACAGAGCUUCUCAUGCUCUCAGAUCUCGCAAGCUUGACAAGUUGUAUGGAGCCUGUCAGUAUCUAGCUGCAAGAUGUCAUUAUGCUGCCAAAGAAUAUCAACAAGCAUUGGACAUACUGGAUAUGGAGGAAGCAGCCAGUAAGAAGUUAUUGGACAAGAAUGUAAAGGAGGAAAAUGGCUCUAGGGAACCCAUAAAGGAAUGGGAAAUGUCUCCCACCUCAAUCAAUAGUUCCAUCUGUCUCCUGCGGGGAAAGAUCUAUGAUGCCAUGGACAACAGACCCCUGGCCACAUCUAGCUACAAAGAGGCCUUGAAACUGGACGUCUACUGCUUUGAAGCCUUUGACCUUUUGACGUCCCAUCACAUGUUAACUGCUCAAGAGGAAAAAGAUUUCUUGGAUUCCCUGCCCUUAAGACAACAAUGUACAGAAGAGGAAGUGGAAUUGCUUCGUUUCCUUUUUGAGAAUAAGUUAAAAAAGUAUAACAAACCUAGCGAGAUGGUCAUCCCAGAAAUGGUCAACGGUCUCCAGGACAAUUUGGAUGUUGUUGUCUCUCUUGCAGAGCGUCAUUAUUACAACUGUGACUUCAAAAUGUGCUACUCUCUUACGUCUAUGGUUAUGGUGAAAGACCCAUUUCAUGCCAACUGUUUACCAGUGCACAUAGGAACCCUUGUUGAGCUGAGCAAAGCAAAUGAGUUGUUUUACCUGUCUCAUAAACUGGUGGAUUUGUAUCCAAGCAAUCCAGUUUCGUGGUUUGCUGUUGGAUGUUACUACCUCAUGGUUGGGCAUAAAAAUGAACACGCAAGACGGUAUCUCAGUAAAGCCACCACACUGGAGCGCACAUACGGACCAGCAUGGAUAGCAUAUGGCCACUCAUUUGCUGUGGAGAGUGAGCACGAUCAGGCAAUGGCUGCAUACUUCACUGCUGCCCAGCUCAUGAAAGGGUGUCACCUGCCCAUGCUGUACAUUGGUCUGGAGUAUGGACUCACCAACAACCCCAAGCUGGCAGAACGGUUCUUCAGCCAAGCCCUUAGCAUCGCCCCUGAGGACCCCUUUGUCAUACAUGAGGUAGCUGUGGUCGCCUUCCAAAAUGGAGAUUAUAAAACAGCUGAGAAGUUGUUUCUAGAUGCCAUGGAUAAGAUCAAAUCAAUAGGAAAUGAGGUGACAGUGGACAAAUGGGAGCCGCUCUUAAACAAUUUGGGUCACGUGUGCCGAAAAUUGAAGAAAUACGAACAGGCUCUCGAAUACCACAGGCAAGCAUUGGUCCUCAUCCCACAGAAUGCCUCUACUUACUCAGCCAUCGGUUACGUGCACAGCCUCAUUGGAGACUUUGAAAGUGCCAUUGACUACUUUCACACUGCACUUGGUCUUAAAAGGGAUGACACUUUUUCUGUAACCAUGCUGGGUCACUGUAUUGAGAUGUAUAUCAGUGAUUCAGAUGCCUACAUUGGAACUGACAUUAAAGACAAAGUGAAAAAGACCCUCAGUACACCUGCACUAAUAAAGAUGCUCAACACUUCUGCCGAUGGCAGUGAGACUAGAGGACAACCUGUUGAGGAGGUAAAUGUUUGCCUGGAAACGCCAACUUUUAAUACCGACAAACAAACCGAUGCCUUCCAGCGAUUCCUCCUUGAGUGCGACAUGCACGAGAACGACAUGAUGCUGGAUACGUCUAUGUCUGAUACUAGCACGUGAUUAGCACCUGUAAAUGGGUCAAAGAGGAACUUUUGAGCACGAGAUGAUGAUGGAAUGUGACCUUUGAAGAGGACUCGACACACCCCUCCCUCUGCCUUCCCUACUGUGUCCUCUGUGUUGGACCCCUGUGGAUUUUUUACUAUGAUUAAAUGUUAAGAAGUGAAUGCAAAAGGGUUUGAAAAGAAUGAUUCAAUCAAUAAACCCUGCAUCCAUAUUUUUACACAGAAUUGUGUUUUCUCCUUGGUGCCCUUUUAAAGCAUCUAUGUGCAUGGAAAGUUGUUUUUAGGUUGCUAAUCAGAAUGAAGCAUCUGCUGCCACUUGCAUCAUUUAGCUUAUUAAACUUGAAAGUUAGUUAACCAAAGGAAAUGACUUACAACUACCCUAGUCAUUUGAUCAGUCAUCUCCGCUAUUACUAGGAUCAAAACUAAAUGCUUGGAGCUACAUUUGAUGGGACAAGAAAAUUUGUGCAUACGUCAUACACAGACGCAUCAGUCCAUAUUUGUCUUUCUCAUGAUGUUAAAGUUGUUUUUUUUUUACAUUCAGGAUUUUUUUGAUGAAACUUUUGUAAACAUUAGGAUGUUUAAUGACAUCAAACAAGCUGAAUGUACAUUAAUGAUCUGUUAAAUAUAUAACAUUGUUACAUUAGAACAAUGCUAAUUGUGUUAAUGCAAGUUAUGCUUCAUUUUCAAUUUCCAUUUCUGUGUGGGUGCA